AGUUACCUAUUACUUUCAACUUUCACUUCCUUCAUUUGCCUUUCAAGAAACACUUGAAAAGCCCAGCAAACUUUUUAAAAGUUCCCAUUUUCCAGUCAUCAAGCCCACUGCCAGAACUCUGCAGAACUGAGGCAAUUAAGACCAUGGAGGAUGACCAUAUUCUUCUCCCACCAUCUCGACCACAAGCAAGAAGUUCUUGCAGCCGUGGGACUGCCUACACUGUCUUUUCUCUCCUGGGGGCCUUGCUCCUCGCUGGCCAGGCUGUGACUGUCUACUUUGUGUAUCAACAUGACAACCAGAUCAACAAACUGACCAAGAACACCCAGCAACUGAAACUGGACUCCCUGAUUGGCAGCAUCUCUAAAAAUGUCCGGUCAGGUCCAAAGAUGGCAAUAGCUAAUGUGAUGCCUUUGGCCCUGAAUGAACCAGAGUUUUUGCUGAUGGAAAACAAGCUGACUAACAGCACUGAGGAUCAAGUCAAACGUCUGCUCUUGCGAGAAAACCCAACCAGAACUUUUCCUGAAUUAAAAAGCAACUUCCUGGAAAAUAUGGGGCAACUGAAGAUCCACAUGGCUUACAACGACUGGAAAGAGUUUGAAACCUGGAUGCACAAGUGGCUGAUCUUCCAAAUGGCCCAAAAACAGGAUACAGAAGGGAAAACCAAGUGUCAGAAGGAAGAGUGUGUUAAGGGUGUCCAUCCAGGAAGAUUCUGUGCCCAUUGUGAUGAAAAGGGGAACUAUCUGCCUAUGCAGUGCCUUCCCAGCAGUGGCUAUUGCUGGUGUGUCUACAAUAAUGGCACAAAGAUUGAGGGCUCUUCAAUCCUUGGACGUCCAGACUGUGAUGGAAUAGCUGGUCCCACUGAACCAGUCCGCCCUACUCACCACAGCCCUGAAACAAAAAACCCCCAAGGAGGCAUUUUGGAUCCUGAGAAUGUGACCUAUUCUGGAGAUCAAAACUGAUGGCUCUCUUCAGAAAAUAUGAAACAAGGAGGCCAGCUCAUCAGCCUAAGAAAGCCAAAUUACCUUCAGCUUGUUUCACUUUUGCUCUGCUUGGAUGUUGUAUUUCCUGAAUUACAGUAGUAGCAACCGCUUUUAGAUUUAUCAGUUUAAGAAUUAUCCUUAAAUGGAAAGGAGGUAAGGGUGAAAAGUAGCUUAAUUAUUACCGAGUGCAGUGCUGAGUGGAGAAUUAUUCUUUUAGAAAAGUGACUUAUGCUUAUCCAAGACUUUAACACACGAGCAAGAAAUUUAGAUGUUUCCCUGUAUAAUCAUGUUCCCCCCCACCAGAUUUUAAUGGUUAAUUGGUUGAGAAGUUCAUUCGCUGCAAAUAUUUCAUCAUCAAUCCUGUCCCAUAGUUCCAUUUGCCAUCAAAUAGGAAUUUAAAACAUGGCAAAGAUGACAUUUCUCUCAAAUGCUUUCUUUGCAAGUUUUAUUUCCCUCAGAUUGCCUCUCCUGAUUUUACAAAGCCCACCUAUUCAUAUCAUUUAUUUACCAUUUAUAUGAUUAGAACAAAACCACUAAAAGAACUUUCCUGAACAGAUCCCCUCCAGAUGCACAUUGAGAUGACCAAGGUCAGAACCCUGGGCCAGCAUGUAGGACAAUGUUUCUUAACCUUGGCAAUCUAAGAUGGUUGGGGUCAACUGAGCCAAUGAAUUGAAGUCCGCACAUCUUAAGAAUUGCUAAGGUUGAGAAACCCUGCUCUAGGGAUUUUGAAGGUUGCAGUUACACAAUACAUUUGAUAGAUGCUAGGAUGGGGAAUAUGCUUUACACGGAAGGAGACAUCCUUACUCCAGAAAGGCCAACCUUUCUAACUGGGUGGCAUAGGUAGCUUAUUUUCCCCCCAAGAAAAGCUUAGUAGGGUAUUAAACUUUGAUGUGUAUGCAUGCCUUCUUUAGUAGUAUCUUUAACAUAAGAAUCUUUAGAAUUGUUAUUGAGCAAGUUAGAUAAGCAGAGAAGUUUUUAAAACACUUCUAAUUGAUAGGCUCUCAAGUUUAUACACCAAUCCUUGUCUAUGUUCUGUUAAUGAUAUGCACCGAGUAUAUAAUCACUGAUAACAAACUAAGAUGAUUUUAAUGAUAAGCUUCUGCAAAAUAAAAAAGUAACCAACUAAUGAAGCACUCUUCUGCUGAAGUGGAUGAUUGACCCUUUCAUAUUCUAGCAACGCACAGGCUGCCUGAAUAUCCUCUCCUUUUGAAAAACUGCAGUUGCGGAAAGAAGAUGCUGCGGUAUUUUGCUCAGGAAUUGCUAAUGAUGCUAUUAUUCCUGACAUGCUCAUUUGCCUGUGCAAUCAGAAGGCAAGUGUGAUGGGGAUGCUGCCUUUCUUUUGGGCCGCUGCAGACUUCAGAGAAGGGGAUCUAUAUAAAGAAUGGCUUACACAGAACAGCCCAUGCAUGACCUUCAGAAGCAAGUUGCAACCAUUUUAAUGGGCUUCCUUCCGUAGUAACAGUGCAAAGGAUUGAGGCCGUGGUUAAAUUCUUAGAGAAAGUGAACCUUGCCAGUCACCCGUUUUGCUGACAUCCACACUAGGUUGACCGCCACAAGGUGCAAUGUAUAGAGAUGGGUUUAAUAUACUUUGGUCAGAUCCAGUGGAUGCAACAUGCCACUACAUAGUUAUGCAGGUGUGGAUGGAGUAAUUGAAGGAUCAAAACAAACACUUGGCUUACUUAAAAAUACUUACGUGAAGAACCUGUUCCAAACACAAGUUUCCCCUUUUGUAUUAUUGUUUUCAUAUUUUGUAACAACAUACAGUACUGCCUCUGGUAGCCUAAUACAUUAAACCAGCUGUCCCCAA